GAGGAGCAGGCAUUACCUUCUGCCGUCUAGCUUUGCGCGGUUCCUGUGUUUUGAUUUUCCCUGCCUAGGGAUUUUCUUCUACUAGACCAUGGCGGCAGUCAGUGAGACUGGUCCAGACUUUCCUCUUGAUGGCUUCUCUUUCAGAUCCGCUUCGGAUACCGCAGGUCGACUCCUUCCAGGACUUUCUGAUGACAUUGCCAUGAUGUGCAUGGCAAUGGUCCCCAGGGGCUUCUGGGGUGUCAUGGAAUGUGUAUCAAAAAGCUGGAGAGGCGCACUCAGCUCGAAAGAAAUCUUCACACUCAGAAAACUCAUCAAAAGAACAGAAAGCUGGCUAUAUGUCCUAGCUCGUGGUGCAGGACCCACCCUUCAAGCCUACUCCCCAGUGCUUGAUCGGUGGUUCGAAUUUCCUUGGAAAGCUAACCUUGCACCAGGCAGCUUGGUAGGAGUGGGUGAGCAUCUAUUAGCCAUUGGUGGCCGAGCAUCUGACCGCAUCAAUCCAAGUACUGGAGAGCCUGAGUACCCUGACUACAGUACACAGGUGAGGCUCUUCAAUGCAAGGACAUUGGCAUGGACUGAUGGUCCACCACUGCCACAAGCCUUCCCAUGCCUAUGCUCCUGGAGUGAUGGCAACAGGGCUUUCAUUGGGGCCCUAACUCCACCAGGCAAUUUUCAUUGCCUGUCUUUCGAGGUCCCUACUGAAGAUUUGGAAGAGGCAACUGCGGCGAGUCUUGAUGGGGACUGCUUAUUUUCGCCCUCUAUUGAUCAUUCAAGCAGGACAGCCCUAUUGAGAAAUCAGGAGAGUGCUUAUAACCCGAGAAGCCCUGUGCUUUGCAACUGGAGGACAGUAGCAGAAGGUCCAGUUUACAUGCGUGAAGGGGAAGGGCGACAAGCAAACAAUCUUGCAAGUGCUCAACUGACUUCCUUCACGAUGAGUGGCAAGCAGCAAGUGGCAAUCUACAAUGACUCCACUUCUCCAUCUGUCAUCUUCGAAAUCGACCCAGAGAAAGGAACGUGGGUCAGGACUGAGGCACACAUAUUCCAACAGUCAAUGGGUGUCUGCUUUGCAGCUCAGGUUGUUGGAUGGACAGGUUCAGAUUGCGACUCCCUUUCACGUGCUCUACUCGAGAGCAUAGAGGAGAAUACUAUGGACCAUCCAGCACUGCGGUCCAAAGGCUUCGCAUUUCUGGAUGAUAAGCUGGUGGCAGUUGGUGGAGUGCGAUACAAGAUUCGUUCACUUCAAGUGAGUGAACUACGUGACUUCACGGUUUGGAACCAAGAGGCAAGAGGAUGGGUACCCGGUCCUCCACUAGUAAGUGGAGGUGGAACUAUUAUGGCCAUAGCUGUAUUGAGCAUAUAAUUGGUUGGUUGGUAGUUUAUGUCCUAUCAUUGUAUCUUCAUUGAUUAUUGAGCCAACACUCUUUGUUGGAAAGUAGAGUAGAAGUAUCACGCAUGACUACGCCCUGUAUGUCCCAUCUGUUAUGUAAUUUCGUAAUUUUGGCUCCGUUCUGACAACGAACGAGCUCGGCAAAAACUGCCCUCAGACCCUUGGAAAAGCAUUCAUCAACGGGCGGCCUCCUUACAGUAUGAUCCAGAAUCUUAGUGGUCACUGCUUUAGGGCUCCUUGCGCCUGCUAGUCGGAUCAUCUGAGUCCUCGCCAUGAUCUAUACGACCAUUGACUCGUUUUAUCUGACGAAGGACCAGAUCGAUGACUCGCCGUCGCGCAAGGAUGGAGUGGACAGGGAGACGGAGUAUGUCCUCCGUGUCUAUGGCUGCGAGCUUAUUCAAGAAGCCGGAAUCCUUUUAAAAUUGCCUCAGGCUGUAAUGGCCACGGGGCAAGUCCUCCUUCAUCGAUUUUAUUGCAAGAAAUCGCUGACGAGGUUCAAUGUUAAGGGUGUUGCGGCGAGUUGCGUCUGGCUUGCAUCUAAGCUUGAGGAGAAUCCUCGGCGGAUUCGCGACGUGCUCAACGUGUUUCACAGGAUUAAUUUAAGGCGUGAUAGCCUCCCGUUACCUCCCCUUGAGCAGUUCUCAAAGAACUAUGAGGACUUGCGUACGGAGCUGAUUCGAACGGAACGGCACAUACUGAAGGAAAUGGGCUUUAUUUGCCAUGUGGAGCAUCCCCACAAGUUCAUUUUCAACUACCUGAGACAGCUCGAUGUGCUUGAUGAUGCGGUCAAGCACGAGGCCUGGAACCUCGCCAAUGACAGCUUGCGGACGGUCCUGUGUGUGCGAUUUAAGAGCGAAGUUGUUGCAUGCGGGGUGAUCUACGCAGCAACCAGGCGAGCUCGCAUCCCGCUCCCAGAGAACCCCCCCUGGUGGCUGGCCUUUGACGCCUCAAAGGAGGGGAUUGACGAGGUCUGUAGAGCGCUGGCGGAUCUGUACAGGAGGCCCAAGGCUCAGUACAUCGAGGUUGGCAAAGGCAAGGAUGCCAAGCCGUUUGUGCUCACAACUAGAGGCUGGGAGCCACCUCCUGAUCCUCAGGAGCUGCCCGGGGUUUUGAAGCACGCAGCACCCGCAUCUGCUCCCACUCCACCACCUGUGGAUUCAGCGCCACCUCUACCAGAGGCUGAAGCUGCUGCUCCAGCUCCUGCUGUCAACGAACCUGCUGUAGCUCUUGCUGAAUCCAAGUCUUCGGCCCCUUCAAAAGCAAGAGCUGCUUCUGCAGAUGAUCCUAGCAAUGAUCCAGAAACAAAGCCUGUUGAUUCAGCAGCAGAGGUGGGCAAGAAGGCUUCACUGGUGAGAGAAGCCUCUCCAAGGAAAGCGGCCAAACGAUCAUCUAGCCCUGCAGACGAGCUUGGCGUGCCGACUCAGCCUGCUAAGCGAAGGAGAGACAUGGAAGGUGGUGGACUUGCAGAGCGGUCAGAAAAGGAUGAGUCGGAGUCGGACGAAGAGAAGAUGGUUGCGAGCAAGAGGGACAAGGAGCUGGCACUGAAAGAGAUGAAGCUGAGGGAGCAGCUGAAGCGAGACCUGGAGAAGAAGAAGGGAGGGCAGAAGAUGGGGUAUGGGAAGGGGGGUUUGGAUGUGAAGGACAGGGAGAGGCAGCAGGAUGUGGAGGGUGGGAGGGAGAGAGAGAGGGAGAGGGAACGAGAGCGGGAGUGGGCUCGUGAGCGUGAGAGGGAGCGGGAGCGGAGGGAGCGAGAGCGUGCCAAUCGGGAUGUUGAGCGUGAGAGGGACAGGAAGGAUGGAGACAGGGACAAGCGAGAGGGGGACAAGGACGAUCGAGUUGGUGAUGGGAGCCGCAGGGAGGGGGAUCGCAGGGAGCGUGACAGGGAUGGGGACAAGGACAGGGAUGGCGAUCGCGACCGUGAGGUAGAGCGUGAUCGGCCGUUUCGAGACGACGGCCGCCGAAACCGCGAACCAUAUGGUGUCAGUGGUCGUGGCAGUGGUCGCGGUCGCCACCCCAUUGCUCGAGAGAGGGAGCGGGAUUUUGCAGCAUCAAAGGACAAGCACCGUCGUCGGUAACCACAGGCGUUUGUACUUUGCCAGGUGGCAUGUGGUUGGUUUUGCCAAGCUUGUCUUCCCUUGUUGCCAAAACUUUGUGGCAUUUGAGGUAUGCUGGACUUUUCUUGCAAGGUCCCAUCCUGGGCACUGAUGCAGCCAGGGCUGACGUUUCAAAAAAAAGCACCCUGAGCUGUCGAAUGUGGAAAAAAAUUUACCCAGAGGGCCUAGUGUUGGAAUUUUGACUUCCCUGAUUUCUCAGUGUUCUGGAACUUACAACCCUGAAACCUCCAGGGUUGGCUAGCAGC